AACAUGUUAAACAGUACCCAGUUUGUGGAGACGCUGGGCCGUCUGGGUUAUCCUGGUGCAUCUUCACUGAAUAAUUCAGAGUUUGAUUGGCUGUUUGACUGCGCCCCAGAGAACCUUCACUUCUUGCGCUUUGUCUGUCGCACCCUCAACCGGAGUAACGUUCUCAGCACAGAGGAGGUGGCUGCGUUUCAGGAACUACAGAAGUCUGGCAAGCCAAUUCUGGAUGAAACUGCUUUGGGUGAGGUCCUUAAAACCAUCGGACCUUCAGAUGGGAACAGCACAGAUGUCUUGGGGUCAUUUUCUUUUUCAUCCUCUGGGUUUACACACGAAGAUGACUUGGCAAUAGAAGACCUGGAGGCAGAACUCGAGGCACUGAGUAAGGAGAAAGAGUUGAAGCAACAGCGUUUCAAGAAGUUGCAAGCUGUGGCCACAUCCCGUGCAGAUGUUGACCUGCAGCUCACAGCAGAGCUGGAUAGCGAUGUGUGUAAGCUAAAGGAAGCCAGUGCUUUAAUUGCAGCUGAGAAUACUGACACCAACACAUUGUUACAAAACCUAACAGAUAAGGUGAGCGGGCUGGCCUCCUAUUUCCCUCAGCCAAAAACCAAGCAGAAAGAAAAUUCUAUUGUCCAGUCAAACACCUCCAUCUCCCAAAGACCUGCUGUCCUUCUCUCUCAGCUCACGUUUGAUCCCUACCUGCAUCAGGAAGAGCUCAACACCAAAACUCUUGCUGCCUUCACACAGAAAUUUUUUUUCCAGGGUAUUUCUGACAUAGUUGAGACGUCUUGUUCUGAGCACUUCCAGGUCUUUGACCUCAGUUCUUGUGAGGAUGGAGGAGACCAUGAGAUUGAGUGUAAGAGGGGAGAACGUGUGGAUUGUGCCGUGGAGGGCAGGAGAACAGAGAUGGCCAGACUUCAGUGGGCACAUGUUGUAGCUCAGCAUCAGCUGAUACAAGCCAUAGCAGAGGAGAAGAGCAUUAAAGCUGGAUUAGAGUGGCUCGCAGAAAAGGCUUGUCAUACUAAGAGCAUUUCCACUUCCUCCUCUCUGAACAUGCGGGAAGUCAUGACCAGAAAAGAGCUGCAGGCUGUAGAGGCUGAACUAGAAGCUCUGCUUCAUGGACCCGUCCCUGCUGCACUCAGAGAGUCAGCCAGGCUGCUUAAUGUUCCUGUUGUCAGAGGAGACCUGGAGCUCCAGCUCGCCAGGCAGAACUUCUACACUUCCAGGCAGGACCAGGUUCGUGACUACUUACUCCGUCAGAAAGCAUCCUUUGAUCUACUCCUUCUGGCUCAUGAGAUAGAGCUGAGAAGGUGGCAGACGUGUCAGAAGCAGCUGGGUGAAAUUGAAGGCCGACUGUUGAAGGAAGGCAAAGCUUCAUCUUUAAGGAUCGAGUCUUUGGCGCACCCAGACCUGGCAAUAAACCCAAGACCCAACCCCAUCAUCAGCUGCAGGGACGCUGCUUUCAGCAGACUGCUCCAGCUUCUUGAGCAUGAUUCAAGCCAUGGCCGAUCCGAGCCUUUUCGAACUUACGAAGCUUUGGACCAGGCAGCUCACAAUUUGGUGACCAACCUCCAGCUGACCCGAGACUCUCUGGCCGGAGCCCGCCGUGAGCAGCGCUACACUGCAGCCCGUCUUUAUGGUGACUGCGAGGCACUCUACAGGGCCUCUUACACAGAGCUCCAGCAGCUGGUCGUACGCCCGCAGGUAUGUCCAACAUCCAGUGCUGACCAGGAGCUCCUUUGCCCCAAUGCACAGGAGCUGACACUGAAGCUUGUGGAAGCAGAGUCUCAGUUGCAGGAUCUGCAACAGGUAAUGCAUGAAAUCCUGGCAGAAAUCAAAGCCAAGCGAUCUCAACUAGACCGUAACGCCCUUCUUAGACGGGAGAGGGAACUGUACAUCUUCUUCCACUUGGAUCCUCAGCUUUUGCAGAAAGUAGUGGAAGAUCUUGAAAGCAAGACGGCUAACAGAGGCAGCAGUGACGCCUGA